AUGUGUCAUGGCGUAACUUCAACAGGUUACACAGAAGUGAUCCACUGUCCAAAUAAACACAGAAAACCCGUAAUUUAUGAAUAUUGUGCGCUAAAGCACUUAAUUUCUUGAUGCAUUAAUGGUAAUGCAUGCAAGGAAACAACCUAGACUCGAUGAUGGGUAUAUGGACAAAAGAGACCCCCAUCUAUACCAGUCUAAUAAGUACCCAUCAAAGGCAUACAAUGAUCGUUAUUCCAAGAGGGAAGAUGGACGUUCCAGGGAUGACAGUUCCGCAAGCCGUAAUAGUCCCAGAUAUAUCCACAAAAAGCCUUAUAGUGAGAAAGAUAAGGGCAGACUGGAAAGAGGAGCUUACAGUUCUCCUGACAAGAAGAUCAACCAUGCUUCAACAGCAUCUUCAUCACAUGGGGGAGGGAGUCAGAACGGCAGUUAUGACAAGACCAGGGCCAACCACAGAGACCACAAACAAGAGUUUCAGAAGCCAGCAUUGCGGACCUGUGGGGAUUGGUCAGAACAUAUCAGUUCCUCUGGGAAACAGUAUUAUUACAACACCAGGACAGGGGUGUCACAGUGGGAGAAACCCGACGACUGGAAUGACUCGAAAGUAUCUAAAAGUGACAAAGGAAGCAGAGGACACCAUGACAAAGAUUCCAUGGGAAAGAACAAAUACAACAGCAACAGGGGAAGUUCGGGAGGGGAUCGAUCCACGAAACGCCAGGGCAGUCUGGAGUUUAACCCUAGCUUACAUAAUGAGAAACCAGAUAAACAUUAUCUCAUUCAGAAGUUCCAGGACAGUCAGCGGCAAGCUCAGCUUGAGAGCCGCUCCAACAAAACCUCCAGUAAGGACAGACACUACAAGGAAUCUGGUACUGUUAUUGAUCACAGUGGUAGUAGUAACGUUACAAAUCGAAUCCGCAGAGACAGUGAUCAUAGGACGCCACACCGUAGACAUGGUGCUCAGCUAGAUGACAUGGAUAUAUCACCUGACACCUCGCCAAGUUCUCGACCCUCCAGCUGUGCUGGUACCCCUCAGAUGGGGCCUGCCUCCACCCCCAUUGCUUUCCCCACCCCAAAUACGGCAGCGGGACAUCACCCUAGUUCUACCCCCUCAUCCACCGCCCCUUUCAUCAACAGCAUACCCCAGCUCAUCACUCAGAUCAGUGGGGGACAGAACAAUCAAGAACUAGCCAACAAAGCUUUACAGACUCUCAAGAAGCUUCAGGAGGUAAUCACAAGACAGAUUGCCCAACAAACAACCCGAGCAAGUACUUCUCAUGCCCAGCAGGUGUCGUCUAUGUCCACAAACACGAUGGCUACCCACCCAGCCAUGACCCGGUCAACUCCACUCUCCACAGAGAAUGCCUACAACACCAUUAACUCUCACUCCCAGCCCACACAAGUGUCCAGCCCCCACGUGUCUGCCAAUCACGUCAGCCACCCCUCACCCGCCUACACCACUGGGGGAGGGAUUUACGGGAAACUGGGCCAGAGCCAGCACCAGCAGCAUAUAGGGCAUCAGUCACCUUUUCAUCAGCUGCAUGUGGACACGAGUAACGGCCAAUAUGUUGUCGGGUCCACAGCGGGACAAAGUCCUAGGUCUGACCAUGGCCAAAAAUCAUCUUGUGCUAGUCCAUCAAGUACAACCAGUUCACAAGAUCUUCCAGUGGGGGUGGGGGACAUUUCUGUGACGGGGCUCAAUCAGACCAAUUCCCCUAAUGUGUCAUCUUCAUUGAGCCAGUACUAUAAUGAAAAGUUGAUAGGCCAUGUCACUGGCUGGCAAGGUGACCAGGCAGAAAGACAGGCACGGAGGUACUGGGAGGAAGGCAUUAGUGUGGGAAGCUUUCACUGUGGGCAAGUUGGAGUGGAGCUUAAAAGGUCAAGGUCAUUAGUGAGGCUGGCUGAAAUUCAGUCAACUCUUCAUGAACAAAGAAUUUUAUUUUUAUCAACACAAGUGCAUGAACUGGAAAGCAUGAAAGCGCCAAGUUUCUCAUCUCAUUCAUUCAAUACAACACAGUAGAAGAUUCAUCCAUGUUGUCCCAGAUGCUUCAGUUUUUGUGACUGUAUUGUGAUCAGCUAGGGGGAUAACUUAGACUGGGUUCCUUGUGGUUGCUAAGCUGAAAUUAUAGAGUGUGAGAGCUCAUCUGUUCAUUGUCUACUGUUAAUUUUUUUUUCAACUGGACUUUUAAUAAAAAUAAGUUUAACUUUUUUUCCUUCAGUAAAGGGAGAAAUAAAAGUAAGAUUUUACUUUGAAGGAUAUUUUUUUGAUGUUGAAUUCAAAAAAUGCAUUUUUGUGCAUUCUUUGGUUCUACAAUGUAGGUUUUCUAAGUAAUAUUUAUCAUAUCAAUAUAUGGAACUUGAGAUCUGUAAAAAACCAUGUGGAUAAUUUCUGAAAUUCAGUCCUACAGUUUUCAUACAGUUGAUAUUUUUUGAUAUAAUGUAGUUUCCAAUAAAUACCAAAUUAGAAACAGUUUUUGGAACCAAGAUAGUAGGAAACACUGCAAUUGGGUUUU